AUGCCUACGAUACCUGAUCGCUCGAUCCGCAUCUGCGCUGAUAGAGGAGGCACGUUCUGUGAUGUUCACGCAUCGUACCCCGAUCCUGAAAAUCCUGAACAGAGAAAGGAGCUUGUUGUGAAGCUGCUCUCGCAAGAUCCAGGUAACUAUCAAGACGCCCCGACAGAAGGCAUCCGUCGAGUGCUGGAGGCUGUCACCGGCGAACAGAUUCCUAGGGGUUCAGUCCUCAAGACUGAUAAAAUUGAUUACAUCCGACUUUCAACGACAGUAGCCACCAAUGCUCUGCUCGAACGAAAAGGCCACAAGCACGCGCUCGUAAUCACGAAAGGCUUCAAAGAUCUUCUGCUUAUCGGAAACCAGUCGCGUCCUAAAAUCUUUGAUCUCAAUAUCCGACGACCUGCUCCACUGUACUCCAAGGUCCUUGAAGUGGAUGAACGAGUGACGCUUGUAGGAUACACCUCCGACCCCAAGGCAGAGGAACAUGCAGUUCAAUUCGACGAGGACGGCAAAGUUGUUAGGGGGUAUCGAGGCAAAGGCUGGGACGGACAGGGUGAUGCAGAGGGCCCAGGAGAGAUCGUGAAAGGUCUAUCUGGAGAGGCAGUACGAAUUAUGAAGAAGCCUGAUCCUGCCACCGUAGAAAAAGACCUAAAGGCGAUUUACGAUGAAGGCUUCCGGUCGAUAGCCAUCGUUCUCGUGCACUCAUACACCUUCCCCGAACAUGAACGUCUCAUAGGCGGCAUCGCGCGCAAAGUCGGCUUCACCCAUAUCUCUGAAUCCGCACAGCUACUGCCCAUGAUCAAAAUGGUGCCCCGUGGUGUCUCUUCCACCGCAGACGCAUAUCUUACUCCCAUCCUACGAGAAUAUCUCGAUGGGUUCUUCGGUGGUUUUGAUAGCAAAUUGAAAGAUGGUUCCUUGCGGAGCCCACGCGUUGAAUUUAUGGGAAGCGACGGUGGCCUGCUAGACCUCAAUAACUUCUCUGGGCUGAAGAGUAUCCUUAGUGGUCCUGCUGGAGGUGUGGUUGGUUAUGCACUAACUAGCUGGGACGAAAAGAGGAAGCACCCUAUCAUUGGGCUGGACGUUGGAGGAACAUCAACGGAUGUAUCCCGAUUUGAUGGACGAUACGAGGUGGUCUAUGAAACGACUACUGCGGGCGUUACUAUCCAGUCCCCUCAGCUAGAUAUCAACACUGUUGCGGCAGGCGGCGGAUCCUGUCUCACUUUCCGCAACGGUCUCUUCCUGGCCGGCCCAGAAAGUGCUGGGGCUCAGCCAGGUCCUGCUUGCUACCGAAAAGGAGGUCCUUUGGCUGUUACAGACGCGAACCUGCUCCUUGGCCGGCUGAUACCUGACUACUUCCCCAAGAUCUUCGGAAAAUCUGAAAAGGAGCCUCUUGACGCUGAGGCGUCACGGUCCGCGUUUGAAAAGCUUGCGGAGGAAAUUAACGCUGACCAGGAUAAAAAGCUUUCGCUGGAUGAGAUAGUUUACGGGUUUAUCAAGGUUGCCAAUGAGACCAUGUGUCGCCCUAUUCGCGCGUUGACCGAGGCAAGGGGCCAUGCUACAUCGAAACAUACUCUAGCAAGCUUUGGUGGGGCAGGCGGUCAGCAUGCAUGCGAAAUCGCCAGCCUGCUAGGCAUCAAAACCAUCCUAAUCCAUCGCUACAGCUCUAUCCUCUCUGCCUACGGCCUGGCCCUUGCAGACCGAGCAUUUGAACUGCAAGAACCGAGCUCGACGUUCUACACCCCACAGAACGUGCCAACGCUCAAAGCCCGGCUUGACAAACUGACAAAGGAGGUGCGUACUGAGCUGGGGAAGCAGGGCUUCGACGACGACCAUAUUCACGUCGAGCGUAUGCUCAAUAUGCGCUUUGAGGGCACGGAUACAGCGCUUAUGGUUCUUCCUGUGGACGGAGACGGUGAGGGCGACGAGGACUUCGAGGCGGCGUUCAAGCGCGUGUAUAAGUCUGAGUUUGGGUUUUUGCUCGAGACAAAGGUCAUCAUCGUUGACGAUAUUAAAGUCCGCGGCAUUGGAAAGACCUUUGACACGCUCGGCCAGUCUGUCUACGAGGAAGUCGAGCAACUCACCCAAACGCACGUUGACCAUGCCGCGAAAGUCGAUUCAAGAUACAGCGUGUACUUCGACAAGGUCGGCCGAGUGGACGACACGCCCGUGUUUCUGCUGGACAACCUGGAAAUUGGCGACGUCGUGCAGGGCCCGGCGAUGAUCAUCGACAACACGCAGACGAUCGUGAUCGUACCAGGUGCUAAGGCAGUGUUAACGAGCAAACACCUAUUUAUUACCCUAGAGUAA